AUGACCCGGUCUAGGAGGAGAGUGGCAGUGCAGUUCAUCAACGCGUCUCAUCCACGCGACGUCACCUCUGCCGAAGCAAAGAAGAAGAUUCGCUCUCAUGUUGCAAAGGAUAUCCACGCAAGCCGCCACAGUCGAAACAGAUACGAUAGUCAAGUCGAGGAACGAGAAUCAGCAGAGCUCAACGUGCCACUUCCUGCACCAGAGUGCUUGCUCAGCUCGAGCCGCAAGGACCCGUUCCAGAGCUUUGCAAGGCCAGUUACCGAGAUGGAGCACUUUCUCAUCGAUCACUAUGUUACCAUCGUUAUUCCCAACGCGAGCUCUUAUUGCGACCACGGUGACGCCGAGGCCCUGUUUCUUACUGGAAUGAGAUCACAUUGGCUUCCUCUUGCAUUUUCGGAUGUUGGCCUCCUUUGCGGCCUGCUUCUUGCCGCGUGUCGACAUCUGCUCAUAGCUGGUCCGGCUGUUAACAAGGAGUAUGCGGGGAUGGCCUUACGAUACAAAGGCGAGUGCAUAAAAUCGACUAAUCAAGCUGUCGUGACAGAGGGGACGUCAGUCAGUGAUGCUACAAUUGGGAAAGCCUUGAUCAUGUCUUCGGACGAGUUUCUCUGCGGAAACAUGGAGAUUUCCCGCCUUCAUGCAGACGCCAUUAUCAGAAUGGUCUCAUUAAAGGGUGGGCUGCGUAAUCUAGGUGCAGGCGGCUUCUUGAGGUCUUUGGUCACAUGGUGUGUUAUGCACCCAAUGUUUGGAGAGGGUGAAUCUUUGAUUUUGGAAGAAUAA